UAACAAUAACAAACAAACAAACUCCCUCGGCCGAGUUUCAUAACUUUCAUUCAGUCUUCCCUUCGCUUUCUCUCUCCAAACUCAACCAACCAACCACUACCACCACAAAAAUCGUAGUAAUUCUUUUUGGCAGUGAAACAUGUCGGGGAAAGGUGCGAAAGGGUUAAUCACUUCUGCGAAAACCUCAGCGGCGAACAAAGACAAGGAUAAGAAAAAACCCACUUCUCGUUCUUCUCGUGCCGGUCUUCAGUUCCCAGUUGGCCGUAUCCACAGGCUACUGAAGACAAGGACAACAGCUCAUGGUAGAGUUGGAGCCACAGCUGCUGUCUACUCUGCUGCUAUCUUGGAGUAUCUUACCGCUGAAGUAUUGGAGCUUGCAGGGAAUGCUAGCAAGGAUCUCAAGGUUAAGCGUAUUACUCCAAGGCAUUUACAGCUUGCGAUCCGUGGUGAUGAAGAGCUUGAUACUCUCAUAAAAGGAACAAUUGCUGGUGGAGGUGUUAUUCCUCACAUUCACAAGUCGCUUAUCAACAAGUCUUCGAAGGAGUAGGAUUACCUCAAUGAAUGAUAACUGCUUGGUGGGAUAUUUUCUUUCUUUACUAAAUGUGGAUUUGUCUUAUGCUUUUGGAAAGUCAGUAGGGUAUUUUUAUUUGAGUUAAGUUGAUGUUGUUGAUCAUAUAUAUAUAUAUAUAUAUAUAUAUAUAUAUAUAUAUAUAUAUAUAUAUAUAUAUAUAUAUAUAUAUAUAUAUAUAUAUAUAUAUAUAUAUAUAUACUUGAUCUUGCUCA